CAAGAAAUGUAUAUGAACAAUGAACUAAUACCUGCUGAUGAGUUUAUUUCUUCUCGAAAUCUGUCCUGGACAAGCUGGAUAGUUUCAAAAUAUAUAGUGAAUCCGAUUUAUUGGAGAUUACAAAAGUUAAUUAGUUCUGGAAACUAUUAUUCUGCAAAAUGGGUUAAAAUGGAUACAUUGAAAGAAGCUGCUUGUCGAGUCCUUCAACAUCAAGAAAAACAUGGAAUUAACGUGGUCACUGAUAAUCUUUAUACUUUAUCAACAUUCAAAGCUGAAUUUGCAGCUGUAGCAAUGCCAAAUGUUACAUUAUCAGAGUUUGAUAUAAAGAUUUUAAUAACAUAUUUGGAAUCUGAACGUAAAAUUUUGAUAACGGAUUCCUUGCACGAAGAUGUUAAUAAAAAAGAAAGUGACAUGAUUAUUAAAUUUAGAGCGAAAAAUCUUAAUGCUAAUGCUAAAUUCGAAAUUACUUCAAUUGAUCGUGGGAUCAUUUAUAUCAAGGAAACUUGUGAUAAAUUACAUCAGCAAAUUCAUGACAUAGAAGAGCGGAUAAAAGAAGUAUCAACCAAAAUUCAUAAUUACAUUCUUCGAAAACAAAAGGUUAUGGCGAAGCAUCGUUUGCGGCAAAAGAUACACCUGGAAAAAGUUUUGUCGAAAAGGGUUGAAUCUUUGGAAACUGUUGAGAGAAUUCUUUUAAAAAUUCAAGGGGCAGCAUCAGAUGCAGAAAUAAUCGACAUAUAUAACGUUAGCGCAAAUACUUUGCAUGAUUUUAUGGCUUCAACCGGACUCACGGUCGAUUCUGUAGACGCCACGAUAGAUAAGUUACAAGAUAUUUUGGCAGACCAACACGAAAUUGAUGAAGCCAUGAAACUAGGAAGUGACUCUUUAGUUGAUACUCAAGAUGAUGAAUUAGAACAGGAGUUAGAAGAUUUGCUGUCAAAUGAAACCGUAAAGGAAACAGUAAAGGAAUCCCCAACAACCGUGCCUACGAAACCUUCAAUACCUCAACAGAUAAAUAACAAUGAAGAUACUAUCAAA